AGUAUGAAGGUAGAGCAAUGUCCAGAUAUUCGUAUGUGGGUGAGAUUGUGGCUUAUGAGCCUGAUGGGAAUGGGGAGGACGUCGAGGGUGGUCUCGACAGCCUUCGGCAUGCCCUCUUUCGCUGUAGCCAACCGGUGUCUUUGAGGAGUGUUUUUUGGCGGCCCUACUUCUAUGCCACGUGCCAGGUGAGUCUGCCACGACAAUGGGAGGUGGCUACGAAUGAUGAUGUAUCAAGCCAGGCCUUGCCAUGGAAUGGAGAAGUCAUGUGCACACAUUGCGCUUCUCUUUGUGGGGCCUACACCUUGAGGAGGAGUUAUGUCUUCAAUCACCCCUUCGAACUGCACUUGGACCAGAAAGAAGUGGAUCAGACAAGUGCUGAACCUGUUCCACCAAGACUGAUCUUUCAAGUGUUGCAAGUGGAUGGCUGGGAACGACACUUCCUUGAAGGCUACACCUUUAUAGAUCUGCCCCGUGAGCCGGGUAGUUAUACACUACAUGGCCGUCUUUGGGCUCCUCGUGGUAGCCUCUCAGAACGCCUCAGCGCCAGCUUUUGUGGCGCCUUUGUACCAUUAGCUUCACCUGACCUCGUCGCCUCUGACGAGCAUCAACUUCCUCGAAACCGCUCUGGUCUUGCUGUCACCUCAGCCGGGUCUUUGCAGCUCCGGGUGCAGGUCCUCAAGCAUUCGGCUGUGAGUGAGCGCAAGGGACGGGAGGCACGACGCAGCUUUCGCAGGCGCGAUCGAACUUCAAGGGGUCGGAGCGGGAGUUUGGAGAGAAGUCCAAGUCCAAGUCGCAGUGGAAGUCUGGAAGGACUCAGGAGAAGAAACCUGAGAGCUGCAGCAGAGCCCAGUCCCAGACUUCACUAGAGUCCAAAGUGGCUUGAGAUGAACAUGUCGAUCUUCGACUCCAAAGCGGGUUGAAAAGGGCA